UUCAAAGCAGGCUGCUGGCCAUAGUUCCAACAUCGAGCCUUCUUCAGUUCGCUCAUGUUGCACCAUACAGUUUUGGGGAUGACUCAAGACCCACCGGAAUAACGACUGUUGGUGAAAAGCUGUGUGGUUCUGUACACAACUGCCUGCACCGACCCAUGGGACUCGUCCCAUUCGAUAAAAAACAGUGAAAGGCAUACAUUUUUCUCGGAUACAUGUAUUUCUUCCUUUCUCGUCUUUUCUCAUCCAUCACUCUCCACUGAAAAACUUACUUCCACCCUCGCAAUACUUCCACGAAUAUCUCCACGAGCACACAUCAAAAUGUCCAACGUCACCUCUACACUGGCUAAGCGCUUCAGCGCCCGCACCAUUCCCCUACCAGUCAUAUCCACGCAGUACGCUGUAUUCUCCAAGCCCAUUGAUGUCGACGCCAUCAAGCAGCGUGCGACGGACUGGGAACCUACAAUCGAUUUCACGGACCUCAAGAUGAGAAGCACAGAUCAAGGUUGCGACGACAACAACGAGCCAGGGCUCGCACACAUGGUCACGUACAGUACCUCUGAUCCUGGGGCCAGCUCUCCACUGCUGCUGAGCAGCGCACUGCCGAUUUCAGUCUCUUCUCUUGCGGGGAAUGCGGCGACGACCUCCACCCCGGAUCAUCACGAGAGGGCUCGACACAACACUGCAAUUGCUGGUCUGGAGUUGCGAACGGAGUUGACUAUCUCUACCCUGCAUCACGCAAUCGAAGUUCAGCAAACCACUCCCGCCCCUACCGUGGAUGGCACGAAGUUCAAGCCCUGGCCGUACUCACUGCCAAAGCCACUGCAGCCAAAAGGGGGUACGACGUAUGAUCUGAUGUACGGUGAGGGCGUUGGUGUUGGUGAUGGACAGGUGGGGAAGAUGAGGAUUGGGGUGCUGCAGAAGGUGUUGUAUGGGGUUCCGGGAUCGGGCGAGAAGGAGGGUGAUGGCGAGGAGGGGCAUGAGGGCAAGGGCAAGGGCAAGGGAUUGUGGGAGAAGAUUGUGUGUGGGGUGCAGGAGGGGGAUGGGAAGGCUGGGUGCUGAGUUGGGCAGUGUUGCUUAUUUGUUAUAUUGCAUGCUCUAUGAGGCU